UUCUGUUUUACAUUAUUCGUGAUCUUUCAUUUCUGCACCUAGACUAAAAUUUUAACGACAGGAAAAAAGAAACAUGUGUGGGAUUCUUGCCGUUCUAGGAUGCACCGACGAUUCUCAGGCCAAGAGAGUUCGUGUUCUUGAGCUUUCUCGCAGACUGAGGCACAGAGGACCUGACUGGAGUGGAAUAUACCAGCAUGGAGACAAUUACUUGGCCCAUGAACGUCUAGCGAUCGUCGAUCCUGACUCUGGUGACCAACCUCUCUUCAACGAGGACAAGACCAUUGUUGUCACAGUCAAUGGAGAGAUUUAUAACCAUGAGGAGCUGAGAAAGGAUCUGAAGAAUCACAAGUUCCGUACCGGCAGUGAUUGUGACGUCAUUUCUCAUCUGUACGAGGAGCAUGGUGAGAAUUUUGUGGAUAUGUUGGAUGGAGUCUUCUCCUUUGUGUUACUGGACACAAGAGAUAACUCGUUCAUGGUGGCUCGUGACGCGAUUGGUGUCACGUCGCUCUACAUUGGUUGGGGACUAGACGGAUCUGUGUGGAUAUCUUCAGAGAUGAAAGGCUUACAUGAGGAUUGUGAACAUUUCGAAGUGUUUCCUCCAGGUCUUUUGUACUCAAGCAAAUCAGGAGGGUUUAAGCAAUGGUACAAUCCUCCUUGGUACAAUGAGUCAGUUCCUUCGACGCCUUAUGAGCCUCUCGCAGUUAGACAUGCCUUUGAAGCCGCUGUGACUAAGCGGUUGAUGAGUGAUGUUCCAUUUGGAGUUUUACUCUCAGGUGGUCUUGAUUCUUCUCUUGUAGCUUCCAUCACUGCCCGUCACUUGGCUGGUACUAAAGCAGCUAAGCGAUGGGGUUCUCAGCUCCAUUCCUUCUGCGUCGGUCUUAAGGGCUCGCCGGACUUGAAGGCGGGAAAAGAAGUGGCGGAUUAUUUGGGGACGGUGCACCAUGAGUUCCAUUUCACGGUGCAGGACGGGAUUGAUGCGGUUGAGGAUGUUAUUUACCAUGUUGAGACCUAUGAUGUGACGACAAUUAGAGCUAGCACGCCGAUGUUCUUGAUGUCCCGGAAAAUCAAGUCUCUAGGUGUUAAGAUGGUUCUCUCCGGUGAAGGUUCUGAUGAGAUCUUUGGAGGGUAUCUUUACUUCCACAAGGCACCUAACAAGCAAGAGUUUCACCAAGAAACCUGUCGCAAGAUCAAGGCUCUUCACAAAUACGACUGCUUAAGAGCCAACAAAGCUACCUCUGCCUUUGGUCUAGAGGCGCGUAUUCCAUUUCUGGACAAAGAGUUUAUCAACACGGUUAUGUCUCUUGACCCUGAAUCCAAAAUGAUCAAACCAGAGGAAGGAAGGAUUGAGAAAUGGGUUUUAAGGAGAGCCUUUGACGAUGAAGAACGUCCUUAUUUACCAAAACACAUUCUCUACAGGCAGAAAGAGCAGUUUAGUGAUGGUGUUGGCUACAGUUGGAUUGAUGGCCUCAAAGCCCAUGCUGCUGAAAAUGUUAAUGACAAGAUGAUGUCGAACGCUGCACAUAUCUUCCCUCACAAUACUCCACUCACCAAAGAAGCUUACUAUUACAGAAUGAUCUUUGAAAGGUUCUUCCCACAGAACUCGGCAAGGCUAACUGUUCCUGGAGGUGCGACCGUGGCGUGCUCGACCGCAAAGGCAGUGGAGUGGGAUGCAAACUGGUCCAACAAUAUGGAUCCAUCGGGAAGAGCCGCUGUCGGAGUUCACCUCUCGGACUACGACGGCAACAGUAAGGUGGCAGUGUCCUUGCCUCCUCCUAAGACAGUUGAAGACACGCCUAUGAUGAUGGGACAUGGAGUUGUGAUUCAGACAUGAGUUUGAAGGGGAAAAUGGAGGGAUUGUGUUGUCUUUUAAAUAUGCUGUCCUAUUGGAUUUAAGUGUUUUGUAUGAUUUUCAGAAUAAAAAAAUGGUUUUAUUUUUCUCUAAUGAAGAUUUGAAUGUAUGAAUGACCUUUUUUUUUUUGUAUUUUGGUAAGGUUUGAAUGGGAUGUUUGAUGUUUGUAUAUAAUU